AUGACCGGCCAAGCCGAGCCUCAAAUUGUAUUGUAUGACUUGGCCUGUACCAAGAAUGCCUGUUUCUCGCCUGUAGUCUGGAGGAUCCGUCUCAUGCUUAAUUACAAGAAUAUCCCUUACAGAACGGUAUUUCUCGAGUUUCCGGACAUUGAACCAACACUCAAAGGACUUGGGAUGGUACCGAAUGAAUCUCCUUCAGGAUCCAAAAUAAAAUACACAGUUCCUGCUAUUCAACAUGUGCCAACCAAUACAAACAUUAUGGACUCAGGGCCCAUCGCGGAAUUCAUCGAGUCAGCUUACCCAGACCCGUCAGUACCUUUGACAUCAGAAUUGGGACGCGAAAUAGAGACUCGGACGCGUGCUCUACUUGGCACGACUUUCGGUGCCUCGGUUAUGCCACGCGAGAUCCUUAUCCUAUCUCCACGCGCACAAGAAUACUUCCGGCGUACCCGCGAAUCCUCACUUGGGCGUCCACUCGAGGACUUGCUUGACCUAGAAAAUGAGGACCGGAGAUGGAACGCCUUAGACGAUAAAUUACGUGCUAUUAGUGAGCUGAUGCAGAAGAACAAAACCGAUGGCCCAUUCAUCCUUGGGUCUCGGCCGAGUUACACUGAUUUCUUCAUUGCGGGGGCCCUUCAGAGUGCGAGAAUGGUGGAGGAAAGUGUGUUUCUAAGAAAUAUAAAGUAUGAAGGAUUUCGGAUGAUCUAUGAUGCAUGCCUGCCUUAUAUGGAGAAGAGAAAUUGA